CGUCUGAUACUUUAGUAAUAUACCAUUCCUUAUGAGUAGCUACUACUAUGAAGUUGGUGGGCUUGAGAUUUCUUUGCCGAGGCGAGCCAGGGAGGGAGAGUAUAUAUCUUCCUGGUGGGGCGCACCGAUAGGCAAGGGUAUUUUUGCCUGGAUCGAGUCCGGCUUUGAUGAUGGUCAGGACUGUGCGAUCAUAAGGAUGACUUUGUAUGCGUCUUCUUCGUUUUGGGUCUUACACGGGAUUGAAUUGGCGCAUGGUCAUGGGAGCCUGUUGGCGAGACCUUUGAGGGUAGCCGAGGAAGCUACAGCAAAAUGGACGAAUGACAGGAUCCAGGAAGGAGAGGAGCAGGUGGAGACCCGUGUAGAGGUCAAGCAUGCGGAAGAGUUUGUACUUCCCUUAGCCCCAUUGCGGGUUGUCCUGCCAGAGUUCUUGGUAGAGGCAUGUUUUGGAGGACAGGCGAGGGUGGAAACCGCCGCAGAGGCUGCCGUGAAGUGGAGGUUCCCGGAAGAUGAGGUGGAAUGCAGGCUUGGUAAGGGCCCUGAGCAGCCUGCCGAGGUCGCGUCAACGCAAGGAGAGUUGAGUGGUAUACAGAGGCAAGUUGGGAUGCUGGAGGAGAGGUUGGCACGGUUGGAAGAAGUCAGGCAUGGCGAGAGAAGGACCUUUAAAGAAGCACCUAAAGGACCGGCUGAGCAGGGUGAGGCGGAGGUAAGGGAAGACCAUCAGGAGUCACUCCUCCACAAGAAGACCCCGAGGGGGCAGGUUUGCACCCUAGAAAGAGAUGAAGAGGAGGGGGUCGUCGAGAUCAAGGAGGAGCGAGAAUCUAGUAUGGCCCUACUCGUUAUUGCGCCGGAGCCGAAGGGAAGGCCCAUUGACAAAGAGGCACCCUCGGCUGCAGGUCGGGAGAGGCAAAGGAGUACGUGGUGGCUAGAACAUUGGGCAGAAGUGGUAUGUGAUCGUUGGGGAAAGAUUGGUCGUGCCCCUCAAGGAGGCCAGGAAAAGGGGGUGAUGGGUGAAAAAGGGAAGCCUGAAUCUCCCAAGUUGACGAAGGCUCAGCGGAAGGCGAGGAAUCGGGCCCAGGAAGGUCAGGGUGCCAAAAGGGGGCAGUGCUCAGGACGGAUGGGGGCCACACCGCAAAAGGUGGAAGGUGGAGUAGCACAUGAGAGGCCCCCGUCGGUUGAGCAUGCGCCGUAUGGGCAGCGGGAGCCAUGCGGUCAAGUAGAGCCAAGACCUAUGUAUGAUCCAUAUGUGCCCUGGGUGCAAGGCAGUUGGCUGGGCCCACAAAUGAAUAUGAUGCCACCCCGGCCUCAUGCAGUCCGGGUUCAGCCAGCCUUGCGUGUGAGACCAUUGCGGCCGCCGAUACCACAAGGGGCACAAGGCCAAGUGGCCGGUGGAAGGGGUCAAAAGCGAAAGGCUGAAAAGGGUUGUAGGGACGAGGGGCACGAGAAGGGGGAAUGUGGUGGCGGCAAGGGUGGCUCUGGUGGGAGGAAAGCGGAUUGGGGAAAGGACGUUUGCAGACAUUGUGCCAAGGAAGGGCACAUAAUGAAGUUUUGUCGGGAGCGGAGGGCCGAUGAGGCAAGUGGUCUAAUAAGGACUGACAUCGAGGGACGUGUUUUCGACAGGACGGGGGAGUACAUCGACCCAACCAUCCCAGGGGGAACACGGAAGGAGGCUUUGCGGCGAGACGGGACAUCGAACACCGCCUCAUGAAUAUUGUCGGGAAGAGGAAGCGUUUGUGUGAAAAGGGCCUGGAAACUUGAGCAGACUGUAAAUAUAAGCAGGAAUCCCCAAUUAUAUAGCUGAGGCACAGCGUACAGAG